UUUCUACAGGAUCCACACUGGGACAAACUUCCCAACAACAAAACAAAACAUUACUAGAUGUAUUCUAUCUAGUUGAGUGGUGUGAGGAGAAACAUUCCAAUCCUCAAACAGCAGAGUAUGUUCUGGUGGUAAUGAAGCUGAGCCCAAGAGAUUAUCUGGAGACAAUCGGUUGAGUUCAAAAAACAAAGAUUGAUUAAGAAACUAAAACAUCACAUACUGACAGGCAUAGAACAACAUACCUCAAUGGGCACUAGCCUUCAUAACUAAUCAGUUCUAACUGACUCUAACUGCCCAAGGCAGACCUACAGGUGGACCUUGGUAUUCACCGGGAUUAUAUUCUCCACAAUUACCGUGGAUAGCAAAACAGGAGUCUCCGAUGGUAUCAACCCAGCACUUGGUGCUAAUUGGAUUGGGUCCAUUAACGUGUCUUGACGCUGUCAGCGAAUGGGGUUAUAAAAACCACUUGCCCAGUCCCAGCUGGUGAGUGAGUUGGAUGCAGCUACGCCUCUCCCCAGACAUGAAUGCCGCCAGUGUGAGGACAGUGGCUGAGAGCUACCAGACGUUCAACCCCAGGGCCUACUUGCAGAACAACUAUAUGCCACCUCGGGCCAACUUUACCAGCGAAGAGUUUGUGGUGCCCUGGAAGCUCCGUUGCCUGGCAGAUACCUUUGCCACAGGAGAAAUCUGUGGCCAUACUCUGAUCGAUAUUGGCACAGGCCCCACUAUCUACCAGCUCCUCAGCGCCUGCAACUAUUUUGAGGAGAUUGUGGCCACUGACUAUCUGGAAGUGAACCGGACUGAGAUCCAGAAAUGGGUGCUUGGUGAGGACCCUGAUGGUUUUGACUGGUCUCCCUACAUCCAGCACGUUUGUAAGAUUGAGGGCAAAGGGGAGCCAUGGAAGGAGAAAGAACAAAAACUGAAGAAGAAACUCAAGAAGAUCCUUCCCAUUGAUGUUCACCAACCCAACCCACUAGGUUCUUUGCUCAGCCAGCCAGCUGACGCCUUGGUCUCUACUUUCUGCCUAGAGGCUGUAAGCCCCAACCGGCCAAGUUUUGAUCAAGCCCUGCAGAAUGUCACCACCCUCCUGAAGCCCAAUGGCCACUUCCUCAUGAUUGGGGCUUUGGAGGAGUCCUUCUACUUGGCGGGAGAAGCCAGGCUGUGUGUGGUGCCCGUGAGUGAAGCGGAUGUCAAGGAAUCCUUUGCCAAGAGCGGCUAUCGCAUCCACAACUUCCGCUCCUACAUCAUGCCGCCGAGCCUGAAGAUUGGUGUGGAUGAUGUACAAGGGGUCUUCUUCAUCCAUGCACAGAAGUCAGCCUGAUAUCAGGCUGCCCAGCCUCUUUCUUCCUCUGCUAGUCAUAUUCCAUUGUAUGUAGUGAGAAAUUCAGCUUGCAUGCUGUUUCUUUGAUCUCCUGUACUAGUGCCACUGUGGCCAGAGCUACGUAUAUUCUGAGCUUUUUAUUAAAAACAAAACAAAACAAAAUUCCAGUUAUCUAUCGAGGAAAGCUGGUUUCAGUAACCUAAACAAACCACUUGU